AUGGACUUUUCACGCCACGGCAACUCCGGCUUUUAUGUCGAAGCUGACCCUACACUUCCGAAUAAGCUGAAGAAGAUGCAAAAUCUGACCUCUCAGAUAGAAGUGCUGGCUCUGGUUGGAAAGGAGUUGAUCAGUGAUGAGGUGAUGCACAAGUUGCUGACCAAGCUGUUUCUACCUGGUUCUGGCGUUGUCGUAUUUGACGCGUCCACGUUGGGAGUUGUUGUGGAUGGAGAAGUGAGCACCUCCAACGAUGUUAUCAGAGAAGCGCUUUCCGGAGUCAGCAACGACAAAGUAUUGAUCCCUGUCAAUUGCCAUGGGAACCACUGGUGCUCCAUCAUGAUAAACCUCGAAGGUGGCACAGUGGACGUGUAUGACUCUAGCUCUUCAUCGUACUUGGUUGGUGUGCGUGCAGUGGCGCAGAAAAUGAUGAUACUUCUACCUACAAAUGUCAAGAAACCAGCCCGUGUGCGAACCUUUGAGUCGAGCCAAGGUGUACAGACAGACAGCUACAACUGUGGAAUCUACGUGUUAUUGGGAUUCGAGAUGUUUUGUGGUGCUGAACCACUUGGAUACUUGGACAAGAAGACACUACAAUGCCUUCGCUAA